CCUUGCACUCAAGCUAGGGAACCGCCUUUAAGACUCAAAGGGUGGCUGGCCGGCCGUGUGGCUCAGUCUGAGCACCGACCCAUGAACCAAGAGGUCGCUGGUUCCAUUCCCCGUCAGAGCACAUGCCCGGGUUGCCUAUCCCCAGUAGGGGGCCUGCAGGAGGUAGCCAAUCAAUGGUACUUCUGUCUCUCUAGCCUCCUUUCGUCUCUCUCUAAAAUCAAUAAAAACAUAUUUUUUUAAAAAACUGAAAGGGAGGCCAGCGUUGGGUGCGUGGCCCGCCAGCCCAGCAGCCUCCCAGAUAACUGAGCGCAGACUUCUCUGGCGGCCUAGAGCGUCGCCGGAAGUUCCCGCGCCACGGCCUCUACGACCGCUAAAUGCACAGUUCUCCGUAAGCCUAGAGCGUCGACGGAAGUGUCGCGCUGCCGCCUCCAGGGCAGCCGAGCGCGGCCUCUGGCGGCCUAGAACGUCCCCGGAAGUGUCUGGGCUUCAGCCUCCAGGGCAGCUGAGCGCAGGCAUCUGGCGGUCUAGAGAGUCGCCGCAAGUACCAUCGCCGUAGCCUCCAGAGCCGGGGAAAGCACAAUUCUUCGGCGUCCUAGAGCGUUGCCGGAAGUGCUCGCGCGCGGUCUCCAUGGCAGCUGAGCUUUUUUUUUUUUUUUUUCUUUCCUUCCCGCGGCCUAGAGCGUCGCAGGAAGUGCCUGCGUGCGGCCUCCCGGGCAGCCGAGUGCACAGUCCUCCCGCAGCCUAGAGAGUUGCCAAAGAGUCUGCAUCGCGGGUGAAGGGGCUGAGGCGCUUCGGGCUGGCAGCGGGGACUGCAGGUGAGUGGCGACGGGCGGGGUCGGGGACGGCUGACGCGAGGCCGGGGCGCAGGACCGCGUGUCCGUCCUGAGUUCUCGCGGGGAAAGAGCCGCACGUCCGCUGCGAAGAGGGGAAGCGGGAGGCGGCGCUGCGGCCGCGGCCCCCGGAGUGACGGCCGCCAGAGGUCGCUGCGCCCCGGGGCUCCGCGGUGCCUUCCGUUCUUCCUGUGAAAUGGCUGCAGCGCGAGGUCCGUGGUGACGGUGGAGGCGCCGUUCCCGUCUGGAUGGACCAGGGCUCCGGUGCCGGGAGUCGCGGUGGCCUCGAGGCCUUGGCGGGUCGGCGAGUGGCGGGGACCGGGGGCCCCUCGCUCUGCCGUCACUUUCUCCCCUUCCUCGGCCCGAGCAGGUGUCCCCGCUCCCGAGUGUUUGCGGGCGGGGAGCCGGGCCUGGUCUCCAGGACGCGGGAGGCCGCCUGAUGGACACGCGCGCAGCUCCCCCGCCACCGGCGUCAGGUGGUGGCCAGGCUGCUGAGCAGGCAGCUUCGGGAGAAGGGGAGCACCGCGGAGAGAGGGCGCCCGGCCUGUGCCUGGGGCCUCCCCGGGCCUGGGACCUCCCGGGCCGCUGUGGGAAUGCGGACACUGGAGAGGGGCCCAGGGAGGCCCCGCGGGGACCAGCUGUUUCUGAGAAAACUGGAGGGCAGGGCGGCCAGGAGGACGGUGUGUCCGGGUCAGGUGGUGCCCUGAACUCGGGCUCGGGGACCAGGCGGCCUUACCCCUGCAGCGCCUGUGAGCGGAGCUUCCGGUGCUACUCAGACGCUGUCAAACACCAGAGCAUCCACUGCGGGGAGAAGCCCUACGCGUGUGGCGACUGCGGGAAGGCCUUCAUCCACAGCUCGCACGUGGUCCGGCACCAGCGGGUCCACAGCGGGGAGCGGCCCUAUGUGUGCAAGGAGUGCGGCAAGGCCUUCAGCCAGAGCUUCAACCUCAUCCGGCACCAGCGAGUUCACACCGGAGAGAGGCCCUACCAGUGCGCCGAGUGCGGCCGGACCUUCAGCCAGAGGUCGGACGCCGAGAAGCACCGGAGAAUCCACACGGGGGAGCGGCUGUACGAGUGCGGGGCCUGCGGGAAGGCCUUCGUCCACGGUUCCAAUGCCGCCCGGCACCGGCGGACUCACCACGGGGAGAGCCCCUACGCCUGCAGGGAGUGCGGCCAGGCCUUCAGCCAGAGCUCCAACCUCAUCCAGCACCAGCGGGUGCACACGGGCGAGAAGCCCUUCGCCUGCCAGGAGUGCGGGCGCGCCUUCAGCCGCAGCUCCUUCCUCCGCGAGCACCGGCGCAUCCACACCGGCGAGAAGCCCUACGCCUGCGGCGAGUGCGGCCGCGCCUUCCGGGCCCUGUCGGGCUUCUUCCGGCACCAGCGGGUGCACACGGGCGAGAAGCCGUUCUGUUGCGCAGAGUGCGGGCGCGCCUUCCGCCUGAGCUUCCAUCUCAUCCAGCACCAGCGGGUCCACAGCCGGGAGUGACGGGCCACGUGGGCGGGGCGGGAGCGGACGGGGACACUUCCCACUGAGACUUGUCUUCGCAGCCCCGGUGCCUCCUGAGGGGACUUUCACGCAGCGAAGCUGAUCGGCCUCUGACCGCCCAUCGCCAACCCCCCCCCCCCCCCCCCCCGCAGCCGUGAGCUCCCCGCGGUCACGUGUCCCUGCUGGUUCGGGGAUUCACACUCAGCCCGGCAGGCGCUUGUGCUAUUUAAGUAUUUAUGACGUCAGAGAGGAAGGGAGAGGGCGGGACAUCAAGAUGAGAGGGAAUCAGGGAUUGGCUGCCUCCUGAUCGCCCCACGGGGUGCAGCCCACAACCCGGGCCUGUGCCCUGAGCGGGAAUCGAACCCGGACCUCCUGGCGCACAGGUCGGGGCUCUGCUUGUUUUGAGUUGGUCGGUGGGCGCAGCGUCUGCACUCGGGACUGGACUGGUCAGAGGUGAGAGGACGCGCAGGCGCCGUAACGCCCAGGAGGUCCCAGAAGGUCGGCAGCGCCGCCGGCAGCCAGGAGCACCGGUCGCGGGGGCUGGGCCCCCGGGAGGAGCCUGAGCGGGACCGCGAAGGUGGAGUCGGCAGAGGGAUGUGCGCGGAGCGAAGACGGGGCGCUAGACAGAGAGGCGCUCACGGACUGCAGGGCGUGGCUGGGCCUCCGUGGCCGUGGCCGGGUCCCGCUGAGCCCCAGCGGCCUCCCCUGGGGUCCUGCUCACGGUCUCUCUUCAGGAGGCCCCUCAGCCAAGGCCGUCGAGUGGGCCGGGGCAGGGCUGCCCGCGGAGGCGGAGGCGGGGUCAGGGAGGGGCGCCCACUUUGUGCGGGGAGCGGCUGCGGAGACGCGUGGCCCGGCCUUGUUGAUCGUCGCCCGAGGAUGUGUCCCGUCGCAGAGAGCGGGAAGGGAGGAGGGGCGGACCCAGGACCCAGGCGUGUGCCCGACCGGGGAUGGACCCAGGACCCUUUGAUUCGAGGGCCGACGCUCUAACCACUGACCACAGGCCAGCGCAUGAGCAGUUUCCAUGUUUUGUUAUUUUAUGGGCUUGAGAGAGAGAAACAUCGAUUUGCUGUUCUACUUAUUUCCUUGGUUGGCUCUUGCGUGUGCCGACCGGACCGAACCUGCGGCUUGGUGUGCGGGGACGGCGCCCGCACCAGCGGAGCCGCCGUGUGACGGGCUGUAACGCCCCCCAUCCACCCAGAGCCGCAGCUGCCCCCUCCGCCGCAGCACCUCCCGCCCAGGCCCCCGGUUCCGUGGCUGCGCGCGCUCGGCUUUCGUGGUCAGACCUAUGAACUGGAAGGAAACUGUCCCCAGCAGGACUGUCGGGCGCCUCCUCCGGCCCUCGCAGCUCCAGGGCCGUGGGCAGACAGGGGCCCGGGCCACAGAGGGGACGGUCCCGGUCCUCCCGUGGCCCCACCUGGGUGUCGUAGCCAUCGGGCGCUGCCGCCCAGCCGGGCUUUUUCCGGGGGACCGUCCACCGAGACGGCUCCGUGCCGACGCCCAUCCCGGGAGGGCCUCGCCGGCACUCAGGGUGCCCCUCCCGCCCCAGGAACAUGAGGAGGGACGCCUGGCUGUGGGCACUGAGCCUCCCCGGGAACCGGCUCGGGCAGCCUCCUCUCUGCUCUGGGAGGCGCAGUGUCCGAGGGGCUCCCGCCCAGCGUGGGGCGGGGCAGGCGGCUCACAGGCCUGGGCACAGUCAGCCCCUUCCCUGCGUUGCCUGACCCGCCCCCUGGGCGUCCUCCACAGGCCGAGCCCUCAGUGGGCUCUACAGGCGCAGCCCGCCCUCCGCAGACCCUGAGCGGCAGCUGGAGGCACCUGCUGGGGGGACGGGGACCUUCCGUGUGACAGCCAGCGCCUCGCCCGGCCACCGUCGACCUCUGAACCGGGAGGUCCCGGUUCCAUUCCCGUCAGGGCACAGGCCCGGGUUGUGGGCUCGAUCCCCAAUGGGGGGCGCGCAGGAGGCAGCCGAUCAGUGAUUCUCUCAUUGUGGAUGUUUCUCCCUCUCCCUCUCUGAAACCAAUAAAAACAUGUUUAAGGAAAA